GUGUAACCGCAGCCUUACUUUUUCUUCUCAGCUGAGAUAGCCCCCUUAGGUCAUAAAUUGAGCUUUGUUCUUGUAUUUAUCUAAAUAUUAUUUUUACUUCCAAGUUAUAAGCUAAUACUGACUGAUACGCUAACAAGAGUAAUUAUGGCUGGUCAUAAUUAUUUAAGUGAUCCGAAAAAUCCUUUCUUUUCAUUAGAGAAUGAUAUAGAUGACGAAACAUUUAUUAAAAGUGCACCUCGAAGACCUGCUGUUUCUCCAGUCUAUAGUUCCUAUAAUUCCAGUAAUCAUUCGAAUAUGAACAAUGAACUUGAACAAAAACAUUAUGAAUUAGUUUCAAAGAAAAAGGAAAUUGAAGACAGAACCAUUAAAUCUUCAGAACGGUCAAUUUCUUUAUUAAGGGACUCAGAAGAAAUUGGAGCUGCGACAGCUGAGGAAUUAAUAAGACAACGAGAGCAACUGGAACGAACUGAGAAGCGAUUAGAUGAUAUUAAUACAACCUUACGUUUCAGUCAAAAACACAUUCAGGGAAUAAAGAGUGUUUUUGGAAGUUUAAAAAAUUAUCUGAGUGGAAAAUCAAUUGAUGUACCAGCUUCUUCAGUUGCUUGUGCAAUUCCUGAAUCUUAUAGUGCCCAAGCUAUUUCUUCUUCUGCUAAUUUGACAAAUUCUUUGGAACAAACACGAAAUCAUUUAAUGGAGGGCGAACAUCCAUCCUUUAGAUUGCGUGGUCUUUCUGAAGAAGAAUCUGUCAAUAAAUCCAUGACAAAUAACAUAAGCACAGCAUUAGAGAAAAAUCUUGACGAAAUGAGCGGUUCACUGGCUAGACUGAAAGGCUUGGCAAUUGGACUAUCCGAGGAAAUCGAUUCGCAAAACGAUCUAAUUGAUAAUAUUGAUGACAAAACGGAUAAAGCAGAUAUUAUGCUGAAGAAACAAAAUAAAGAUAUGAAACAUUUACUAAAAAAGUAAAACAAACAUUUUUAAUGUAAAUUAAAGUAUAGAAAUUUCAAAUUUUUUAAAUCAAUUUGUAUAAAGUAGUUUUUUAAAUUUACAUAGAAUUAUUUUAUAUUGAUUUCUUUCUUUGAUAGGAAUAUAUAAUAUAUCAUAUACAUUUUCAGAAUACUUUUUUAACAAUGUUGAACUAAAACAACAAAGAAAGACUUAAGAUUAUCUUUUUGAUUUUGUAUUAUACUCCAUAUAAGAAUAAUUUAUUAUAUUACACUACAAUGUAAAUAAAUUAAAGAUAGUUAUAACUUUUAAUCUAUUUACAGUAAGAAUAAUGUUUUCCAAUUUUAUAAACAAAAAUGUUAACAAAAUUUUUAAACUUUUUGAGAUAGGUUUUUACAUUACAGAAUAUUAUGAGUUAUGGUAUGUGAUACUGCAAUUACAAUUUUUUUAUUCCUUUAGAGUUAAAUACAUUUGUUGUGUUGUUUAUUUAAAAAAAUUUAUGCUUAUGAUUUGAUAUACCCACAUAUGCUUAGAUAUAUGCUGUGGGCAAUACAAUAAUAAAUUGUAUAAGAAAUGGGAA